UCCUCAAAUCAUAUCAUCAUAACCAUACCUUGUGCUUUUAUUUAAUUAUGCCUGCUGGAAAACUCGAGUAAGAGGAAGUUGGAAGGGGAAUGCCGCCUCUGUGACAUAGAACUUAAAGUACAACUGAGCAAUUUGACAGCAUUUCAAGCUACCCAAACGAGAACAUCUCAGAAGCGGGUCCUCCUCCUUUAAUUUUCAACACAAGAGAAAGAGAGAAAUUGUUCUUCAGCGGUGUCAGAAUAAAUCCACCAUCUUUUAUAUUCAGGAUUUUAAAGACCUGGGUACAUCAUCAGCCUCUCCUCAGUGUGUUUUGCAAUUGAGUCCUCUGUGUGAGGCAACUGAAUUUCUUCUGCACAAGCCUGGGACUCGCUGGGAAGGUGCCCAGUUCUCACUUGGUGCAAAAUUGUUUGCUUUCGUUUUUUCAUUGUAAGGAGCAGAAGCCAUGGGUCAAACAAAGUGGAGAACACUACCCUCCAGGCGCUCGUACCUCAAGCUCUUUCAGUCUUUGGUGCUGGCUGGUCAUUUUUACUUCUCUUCAGGCAUCAUCCAAGUGACCAAGACGGUGAAUGACAGGGCAGUACUAUCCUGUGAUUACAACAUUUCCACUGAUGAACUGACAAAAGUUCGCAUCUACUGGCAAAAAAAUAAUAGUGAUAUGGUGCUGAGUGUUGUUUCCGGAAAAAUGCAAGUGUGGCCCAAGUAUAAGAACCGCACCGUAGCCAACAUCAUCAGUAACCCUUUCAUUGUGAUCCUGGGUCUGCGCCCGUCAGACAAUGGCACAUACACCUGUGUCAUUCAGAAGCCUGAAAGGGGGGCUUACAGGGUGGGACACUUGACUUCGGUGAUGUUAUCAGUCACAGGUCAGUGGAAUUUUCUGAUUUACUCUAAGCCUGCAAACUCUUCAUGCCUUUUGAGAUAUACUCCUAUUGAAUUAGGUGAAACUUUUCUCCAAGAGGGAUGUAUCUCAUUUUAUUCCUUAGAGUUAAGUGAAUCUCUACAGUAA